AUGGCCAUGAAAAUCUCGAUAAAUACUGCAUUGUUUUGUGGUCAAUUCGCUAUUUCAAUAAUGCAUACAUUUUUUAUGUUUUAUUAUGUGAAAAUAUUUUUAAAUAUUUUCAAAAUUGACGAAUAUAUUUUUAAUUUAUCGCAAAUUUUUUUGAUCGUAUGGAAUUCAAUUAACGAUCCAAUUUUUGGCUAUAUUCAAUACCACUUUUUAAAAUUUUAA